CCCAGGUGAUCCGCCCGCUUCGGCCUCCCAAAGUGCUGGAUUACAAGCAUGAGCCACUGCUCCCGGCCGAGCCAGCGGUUUAAAACCAGUUCUAUCUAGCCCAAAUACAGGUCCUUAACCACUGUCCUAAUGACACCUAGUGCUGUCCUUAACAGUGGGUCAAUGGAUAUUUUUCUAAUGCAAUACAAUUUGAAGAGUGCUACAAAUAAAAUAAUUAUCUGUUUUGUAUCUUCAUGUUCACAUGUGAAUAAAAAGAUUUCUCUUGUCCCAGGACUUCCUGUUGUACUUUGAAUUUCUAAGAGCAUAUGUUAAAACUAAAGAAAAUUCCUGCAGGUAGAUGUAAGACACGAGCUGGUAGCACUUGCCUGAUAGUUGCCUUUUGGUUAGAGGCUGCAGUCACCUCCCCUAACCACUGUCCCCCACCUGCCUUUCCUCUACAUACAAGGUUUAGAUUUCCUGGCUGUCCUUUACUGUGGAACAUGCGCCAACAACAGUUCUUGGGGGAGGUGUCUGUGGCAUGAAAUUUCUUUGCAUUUUAUCACUUUUAAUAGCUGACCAUUAAGACUGAAGGCAUCUUCGACUUAGUUUCAAAGACAGGGUAGGCAGCCCUCAUUCAGAGAUGUGGGGACAUAAUAGGUUUUUAUUCUUCCCUGUGUAACUACUCACAUAAAGACCACAUUAGCCAACCUGGAUUUCCUACAGAGCGCGGGUUACCAAAACAUUUCACUAAAAAUGAACUUUUAAGAAAAUAGGAAACCUGUGAAAUUACAAAGUUUACAAAAGACUCUAAUUCCUACAAUGACCUGGAGGUUAAACACACACACACACACACACACAGAGUCACUACCCUGCUAAAAAAUCCCUUAAAUAGUUAAUAUUAACAUUUUGACAGUGCCAUUUAUCCAGAGAUAGUAAUCAAAUCACCUACUGUUGUAGACUUGGCUUGGGGGGGCAGUAAGAAUCUAUAGUUUUCUUAAGAUCUUUCCCUCCUUGCUUUGAAAAGUACAUCCCCCCACAAGACUCUCAUGCUCCCCCUCCUUCCAAAAAAAAGAUAAAAGGGGAGGGGGAAGCCCUAGGGAUGAAAGAGGACUCCUCACCCGAGAAUGGGUUAUCUUAACCUCUUCUACGCUAUUUAUUUAACUUGUGUGUACAGCCAGAAGGAAGCCACUACUCUGGGGUCCCUGGGACAGCUUAAAACCCUAGUGACCCAUUUAACACAAUAGAUUGUUUUAAUCAGUUCGUGUCCUGGCACCAUCUCGAAGGGGAACAUAAACAGACGCGCACACCGCUCAGAUUCGCUCUUUCCAGCAGGAGAUCCAAUUACCUAUCGGUGGUCACCUCUCUGCCCUCGGACCCUUUAAGAGGAGAUUUUAACCCCUAAAGCUGAGGCUGUAUUUCUGUCUAUAAGAGCCAGGAUUCGGAGUCGGUCGAGAAGCGCACUAGGGACAGUUCCGGGCGCACGGGAAUUUCUUCACAGCAGAGGCUGGUCACCUGCCGUCCGUCCCUCCUCGCCUGGCCCGGGGACCGUCGCCAGAGCCUGGCGCAGGCAAAUAAAUACCAAGCUGGGGCGCCCCCAAGGAGGAGCUGCGAUCUGAAGGCAAUGCCAAGCGACAGCGGUGGCGCGUCUGUUCUUCCGGAGCCUGUAGUCUACAAAUAACUCCGGCCAGCAAGGAGGUGACAGCCCCGAUGUACCUCCCACUCCCCUACUCUGGCCUUGCUCCGCAGGCUGUGGAGGGGCGAGCGGGGCGAGCCAGGCAGCAAGAGAGAACGAAAGACGCCCAGCUCGCUGCAGCCGCCAACCCGCCUCAGCCGCCAGUCCCCAGUCCUCAGGAGCUAGUGAGGCGCAGCGAGGCGAGGCCGGGGCCUCUAGAACACAGUUUAAGGGGUGCGCGCGGAAGUGGAAACCAGCCGGUGGCCGCUGCCCGGCGCCAGAACGUCUACCAUUCAGUCCGGGCGUGUGCGGGGCCGGGAAGAGGCUGGAGUAGAGAAGCGAGCGCCCGCGAGUGCGUGGCCGGUCCGCGAGCGCGUGUGGUGUGCGCCUUGUGAGCACUGCGGGUUCCCUGGACCCCGCGGCCAGGGCCGCGCCCCGCACCCCAGCUGUCGGGUUACCCACAGUUCGGUUUUCCGUUGUGGCUGAACACAGCGGCUCUGCUCUUGCCAGUCUCCAUCUCACCUCGGGGAUGGGCAAAUGCACACAUCAUGGAUUCUCCGGAUGCUCCAGCCCGCGGACUCCAAUGGGAGCCCCAAGACGCCCCCAGACCCAGCGCGGCGCCUCAAGCACAGGGGACCCUCUGAAGGCAACUGGCCGCGCCGUCAGCGGCCGACUCGCAGACCCAGAGCAGCGAGGUCACGGUGUCCUCGACCUCAGCAGGAAGGACCCCGCGAUGGUUCCUCACGAUUCGCCCCCGCAAACAGCGCACCCGGGCCUGAGCGCACGGAGGCCUCCAGCGCGUGGAAGUGAGCGGGUCCUGCGGUUCGUGUGCGGCCCUCUUCCCCCCAGCCCACUCACACCCCUGCCCGGUGCGUUCGCGCUCACCUGUCAAUGCGGCGGGUCCUCGGGGCCUGCGCUUUCGACGCGUGGCGCUGAGUGCGGCCGCGGCCAGAGCCGCCGGGGCUCGGCGCGGGGUCAGCGGGACCGAGAGUGACGCGGCGGCCGUGCACUGGGUCGCCCGGUCCGCGGAGGGCGCACCGAGUGCCAGGCAUCGCGCCGUCUCCCGUUUAAAUGCCGGCGGCAGCGCGCGGCGCCCGGGGCCGCGCCUCUCCAUUGGCCAGGCGCCGCCGCCGCCGCCGCCAGACCCGCUAUCCGCCCCCUUUCCCGGUACUGCCCCCGCCCCCCGCACCCCUCCUGCUUCCCCGCGGGGUCCCCUCUCCGCCCGCCUCGCCUCUUUGUCUGCUCCCCCCGCCCGGGCCGGCUGGGAGAGGUCACCCCAGGGAACCGCGCCUGGAAUGCACAGCAAAUCACAUUUUCCGCUCCCGUUGGAGAGGGAAGAGCGGGAGGAAAUCCCCCCGGCCCCGGCCCCUCGUUCCUUCGCUGCCCCAGGUCUGGGCUUUCCCUGUCGGCCGCCCGGCAUCGCCUGCGCUGGUCCCGCGCUCAGUAGCGGAGACUGCACCGGGAAGAGGAAGAUCUCCGUGGGAUCGUGCUGGAUUCGGCCAUUCUUCCCCUCUGGAGGGAACGGGACUGCGGGAUGCUCUGGUCGAGCGACCGUCGUGGCUCCCGCGCGGCCCCGCCCGAGGCCCCCAACUUCGAGGGCGUUGACCCCGGCGCCCCCGUUAACCCGCGGGCUCGCCGGCCGCCAGCAGGAGCCUGUCGCCAAUAUGACACCCUCCUCUCCUCGCCCGCCACGGGUUCUUUCAGCCCAGAUGCCGGCGGCCUCGGCUGUGAGUGUACAGAGGGGAGUCACGAGAGGAGAAUAAAACUAAAAGGACCGUCAAAAGUCAAGGCUUCCAUUCCUAAAUAAUAUUAAGGAGAGAGAGAGAGAAAACAGUCACUGAGCGACAGGGGUUUUCUGUAGCAUAUUAAAGACGAAUAAGUGUGGAAAAUAAAACGUUAGAUGACGAAGUAACUUCCCAGAAAUUUAGGACAAAAGCCUACCAACGUGUAAAACCAAUGUCACAUUCUGGAUACCAAGUACAUAAAUAUUUUUCGAAAAAUGAGUGAACACUUUCAUUUGUUCUCUUAGCUUGAAAAAUUGGUUCCUCAAAGAGGCCGUAAGUUCUGUGUGUGGAAGCUAAAGUCCGUGCAGACCAGCUCCAUCAGCCAUGUCAAAUGAAGACUUUGGAAAAGAUUUGUUACAGAAGAAAAUAUGAAGGUGUCUGUAUUGUCUAAAGCAAAAUAAACAAAACAAUGAAAUCCAUCAAAAGAUACUUAUGAAGCACCCGUAAUUUAAGUACUCGACUAGGAAAACAAAACCAGACGAGGGUUUAAACAGCCUAUUUUUUUUUUCUCUUUAGUCUGGCGUUGGGGGGAAGAAGCAAGAAAUAGCUCCUAGAUGCUGUUAGGAACGUGCAAUAGAUUUUUUUAAAAUAAAUGAAGCAAGAAGGAAGUCUGCAUUAAUAGCUUUACAAUCUUAGUCCUCUGAAUGUUUUGUCUGUGCAGAUGGCAGUUUCUACACACGAACUCGAGGCUGCACUGUACAAUUCUCAUUUUUUGUUAAAUCAUCCAGUGAGCCACAGUUUGUAGUUGCCUGCAGGAUGGGAGCAUUGAACCAGGUUGAAGACCUGUCUUGCUCACAUGGGCUCCUGGAGAGAUAGGUAAUCAGAAAUACACAAAAUACUUAGGCGAUGACCAGUCCAGCCAAAGCCCACCACCAAGCUGUAUUGGAGCCAGCUGUUCUCCCCACGUGCAAACUGCUGUACUCCUUCGGAGCAUAUUUUACAAAUUCAUUAACUCCUUCUCAUCUAAAAUAAAAGCUUUAGUCACUUCUUUUUUUCCUCAAGGCUUACAUCCUGCCCCAAAUCAACAUACAAAGAGGCUGAAAUUACCUCCCAAAACUGGAAGUGAUUUUUUUUUGGAGCCCUGACGUUGUGAUUUUCUCUAUCUCCAUCUAUCAAAUCAUGAUGACUCUUCCUCAUGCAGUUUCUCAGGCCAUAUUUUCUACAAUAGAACUCCCACCUCCUCCCCCCAACACACGCCCCCUCCUCUGUAUCCCAAAGAGACAGAAAGAGCUGUGCAUCACUGCAACAUUUUUCUUCAUUCUCACUUCUCUCUCCCUUCUCCCUGGCAUUAUAGUAUUUCCUGCCACUAGAAUGUAAGGUUCGUAAGGGCGGGGAUUUUGUCUAGGUCGCUUUGAUUACAUGAAGCACAUAGAAUAGAGAUUGUCUAACACAGCACUCAGAUUCAAUAAAUAGUUGUGGAUGGAGAAUGUUGAGCACAUUCCCCUAAGAUUAUCAACUGAGCCAAAUGCUGAGGAUAUAACCAUUGUGGAUAGAGUAAACACAGGCCCUCACCUCACAGAGUUUAUAGUCUAGUAUGUUUGUAAAUAUUUAUAUAGAAACACAAGUUUUUUGCCCAAUAUUUUUGUUUCCACAGCUCCUAACAAGUUCUUGCAAACCAUUUUCCAAUCAGGAUGAAGGCAUAAGGGUAAAAACUCCCUAGACCUCUCUAAACAUGGUUACAUAAUUAAAACCUGCUUUUAGUAAGGGGAGAAGACAUAGAAUGACUCGAUGUAGUCAAAGUUAAACUCUUAAAUCUGAGAUGCCUAAACCAUGAUCACUUAAUGAUUAAUUUUAUUUAAUGAAAGUACUUUCAAACUACUUUGAGGUUGUGAGAAGAGUAGAUUCUGCUCAGCCACUGGUUUGUAAAAGUAAAGUCCAUUUCCUCUUGUUUUGCCCACCUGUGUAUGGAAUGUGCUAGCCUCCCUCUAACCCCAAGAAGCUAAAAGAGGGCUGCUCCCCAGGUUUGGAGAAGAACUUUGAAUACCUUUAUAGAAGAGUUUUUUACUUAGAUCUGCAAAAGCUGUGUACAGCUGUUCAUCCAAUUGCAGAGACUAUGUAUGCCAUCUUGCAUAGGAUUAGAAAAGAAGCCCUUCACACAGUUGGAACUGAACGUGUAUGCCUUUUCUAAAGAAAAAAAAGUAUUAAACUAUAAACCUGACAAUGAUUAAGUAAAAACAUAUUGACAACAGUCAAACAGCAGUUAAAUGGAUCAUAUUUGGAACGAAUUUUUGUUACGUUAGUAAGAAAAAAAAUCCCCACAGAUAACCCAAUGGGAAAAAAAAAAAUUGCACAUGGCCAAAGCACAUGGGCAGGUAAUUCACAAAAAAAGAAACCUGGACAGCCGGUAAAUACAAAAAGAUGCAACAUUACACCAGUAAAUCAGGGAAAUAUAAACUGAAAUAAGAAGAUACUGUUGCUUAUCUAUUAGGUUACCAAAGAUCUAAAAGUCUGACAAUACCCAGCAUUGGAAAAGGUAGAGAGAAGCAAGCAAUCAUAUGCAUUGCUAGUGAGAGGGUAAAUUAGUACCAUCAUUUCAGAGAGCAAUUUGUCAAUAUGUGUUAAAAUUAAACAUGCACUUAGUAUGCCACUUCAUAUAUUCUAUGAAACACAUAGAAUAUAGAUUGUCUAACACAGCACUCAGAUUCAAUAAAUAGUUGUGGAUUGAGAAUGUUGAGGCAUUAGACUUCUAGGUAAAAACCUUAGAAAAGUUUGAAUGUGUGUAUGAGGGCUAGAAACUUGUGUAAGCAUGUUGAUUGUGGUAUUGUUCAUAACAAUCUUAAUGUCCAUCAACAGAUAUAGGAGAGGGCAUAAGAAAUUAUUUUAUUCAUAUGGCAAAAAGCUACACAGCUAAUAAAAGAAAUUGAUUAGGUUUUUAUAUUUUAACAUAGAGCUCAAAACAUAGAGAUGCUUUUUUUAAAAAAAAAAAAAAAGGAAGCUGCAGAAUGAUAUAAGUAGCAUGAUACCAUUAUGUGUAUUUUGUAGUAAACAUAUAAAAAUAGCAUAAGUUGCUUGUGAAACAUGUGGUCAUGUGCAUGUAUAAAUAGCUGAUUGGAACCUAGACCUCUAAUGAUCUUUACCAGAAUGAGGAGGGGAGGAGGUGGAUCAGGCAUGGAUAACAAAAGAAAUUUCAACAUUACAAAACAUUUAAACAUUUUAUUUCUUUAACAAAAAUCUUGAAAGAAAUAUGACAAAAUGUGGACAAUCUGAAUUUCUGGGUGAUGGGUACGUGGAUGUGUUUGUUAGAUAAUUCCGUCUCCAUGUUGAUAAGUUUUUAAACCCUCAAAGUUAAAACAAAUGUGAUGUUUCUAUUAUGAUUUCAAGAGUGACUUUGAUCAUCAUUUGGAAACUGAACAUUUUUGCUUCCCGUGUGUCCUUUGUAACCAGCUCCAAUCUGAGUAGGCAUGUUUUCAGAAUGCAAACAAACCCUUAUGUAAGUGUGUAUGUCUACUGACCUGUCUGAAGGCUGACUCCUGGCUAUCCACCUUGCUAUCUAUGCCUAACCAGUUUCCUGUGUAUGAAAAAUGCACGUGCGUAUGAAAAUUCUGGACAAUGUUGCCAAAUACAGGUAUAUGAAAUGAGUUAUUCAGGACCAUUAUAAUACAAUUCAUGCCCUAUUUCAUGCACAUAUUUAUUGUGUAUACUCCAUGUGCAGUGCAAUAUGCAAAAGGUGACAGUUUCAAACUAUGAACAUAAUCCUUCAUAGUCAAUAGUUCUGGCACAGUGGGAAAAAGCACUGAACUCAGAGUCAGGAAAGUCAGAGUAAAUUCCUGAUACUUCCCCUUAGAAGCUGAAUGUCUCAAUUAGGUAUUUAAAGCCUCUGGGCUGAAAUUCAACCAUCUGUAUUACAGGAAUGGUGAUAACACCCACUUCUGGGUAGAUGCUGGAAUUAAGUAAAACAAGCUCUGUGAAAGUGCCAGGCACCUAAUAAACAUCAGUGUCUGCAUGGAUACUAGAGUUCAACUGGGAGCUAACACACACACACAAAAAACAGUAAGUCUAAUAUCAGCGUGUGUUGGGUCUUAUGUAUCUUUAUAUUCACUCUGGGUAAUGCAGGGGUGGCACACAGCAAAUGCUUGACAAAGCUAUGAAAUGAGUACUUGCAUAGGGAGAAAGAAGGAAGGGAGGGGAAGAAAAUAAGGGGAAAAGAAGGAGAUAGAGGAAAAGAUAAAGAGAGAGAAUGGAGGGAGGAAGGAAGGAAAGGGAGAGAGAGGGAAGGAGGAAGACAGGAAAGAAAGUGAUACCUUUCAGUAAAUGGCACAGAAACUUUGUGUGUGUGUGUGUGUGUGUGUGUGUGUGUGUGUAAAACCAGUAAAUAGUUUUACCAAACACUUCUGGCUCUUUUUUGCUUGCACUGUAAGAAUCACGCUAACCUAAAGUUACCCUUCUCAGGAUGGUUCCACUGCAGUAAUAGAAGCUAAGAAUAAGAGACCAGAAGAUGCCCAAAUGUGUAGUUAGACAGGCUGAAACUCCCAUCCAAGAGACUGGGGAGCGAAACAAGACAGGAAGCCAGAGACACCAAUGUAUUUCUCAGCAAAUAUUCACAUACCCAGUGCUUAAAUGUAACAGAGUCUAUCCGAAAGGAGGCUCCUUUCUUUGUCUGCAGACAGGAUAACUUGUUACGUUCGAAAGGUUUAAACCGAAUGUAUUUGUUUUGAGCUCUUUGAUGUGACCUCACUCUUGGGAAAAAAAUGUGAUGGGACUUUAUUAAUAAUUUUGUUUUCCCUUAUAGCUUGUGUUCUUCAUUUUCUAAUUUUUUUUUUUUGGUGGAGGAGUUCUCUUUGAAAAAAACUCAUUUUACUGCAGUUUUAAAAUGCUAGUUCAUUGGGGAGGAUCUGUUGAAAGUAUCUAUUAAACUGAAGGUUGCAAGGUUUUACCCCACUGUCUCUGGCUAUCCUGCUCCUCACUUUUUUUUUUUUUUUUUUUUAAACUUUUGGCUUACUUAGUCCAUUCCCAGUCUUUGUUUCCUUGAUGACUCUGCUAUUUACUAGAAGUCAUUUUAGGAUCCACCUUUUCACUCUUGUGUCCUUUUUUAAAGGCAUGUAAGUAUAGGUGUGAUUGUACUCUUGCUGCAGCUCUCCUAAUAUGUCACUUGGACUGGUUCAUUACAUCUUAUAAAAUAUUUUAUAGGCUGGGCGCGGUGGCUAACGCCUGUAAUCCCAGUACU